AUGAAGUCACGUGUCGCAGCAACCGGUGGCGAUCCAAUGGAUCCCGAGACGAUCAUGGAAAAACUAAUGAAUCCGGAAUCGUCAAAGCCCCAAUCCUCUCAGUUCGACAUACAUACGAAAUGGUCUCUAAAUGAUAUGUUUUGCCUAAACGUCACAACGCCUCCCCCGGGAACGGUGCUAGCUCCUUAUUCUCGAGUAUACGUCCGGUGGUCAAAGACCAAGGAUUGCGAUUGCAAUAUUCCUCUAACAAAUUUCACGAUUACCCUCUAUAACAAUCCAAAAGCAUCGGGAAAUUUUAAUAAGCCGAAAGUUAAAACAGACUACGCAAAUCAAGUUGCCGUGGACGUACAAAAGUGGGUUUACGUUUGGGAUGUGCCAUUGAUUCCCCAUGGCACUGUAAAACACAUGUCCAUGUUUUACUUAAGAGUUGAGACGGAAGGCAUGGUGAAUAGCGGAAUGUACACCGUAUUUGGUAUGACAGGCCCGUUAACACUUUUGUCGCAUCCAGAUAAGGUGAAUAAAACAUUGUUUGCCGAGGUUGCGACGGGAGAUGAUGAUAAGAAUAAAACAGUAGUGUCUACACCCGUUGAUCAUGAAAAAUCGACGGCGAAUGGUCUAAUUUUGGCCGCACAUGUUAUCACGCUGGAAAAUGUGCUGGUUAAUGUGGUAAUAAGUUUUUUGGUACUUGCAACUAAUUUAUGA